AUGAAGCUCCUCAGCAUCCUUACCUUCGCGGUCGCCGUCAGUGCCAUCAAAUGCGGCAAAACCACGUACACCGAGGAACAAGUCAAGCUUGCCGAUGAAGCAGCCUGCAAGCACGUCCAGGAGCACACUAAAGCUGGCAAAUACCCCCAUGUGUAUAAGAACCACGAGAAGUUCAAAUUCAAGGGCCUCGGGGGCCCCUUUUACGAGUUUCCUUUGAAGAAGACCCCAUACAAGGGAGAUAAGUUACCCCUAUCUUAUGUCGCUUCUCGAGAGAAAAAAAAAAGAAAAAGAAAACAAAAAAACCGUGCACAGUGA